AUGAGAACUCGGAGGUCCAAUCGCACGAAGCGAUACACGGUAGAAAAGUACGACUUCGAAGGUAGUUCCGACGAAGAAGCUCUCGAUCGCGCUUCCAAGCACGCAGAACGAGAUGAAAACUUUGAUGAGGCUGCCGCUGCAGAAGAAAGUGCCGAAGAGCUCGCCCUCGGCCAAGACCACGACGAAAAUGAUGCGGAAUCCGACGGUCCUGUGAGCGAACCAGAUGGCGUUCUGGACAGAUUUGCGCGCCAACGUGUCAAGCCCAUCAGGCCCUUCAACGUUCGCGCAGCGGGCUUCACGGGAUACCUCGAUCUUGAGCCUGUGGCGGAUGGACGCAUUGUGAGAUCGUACUGGGGGCCCUACGACCGCGGUUUUAAAGGCAAGCAACUCGUUGAGGCAUGGUACGGACGUCAUGAGGAUGGUGUCAAGUUGGUUACGGGUAUGCUGGAUCGUUGGAUGGACUGGACAGUGCUUCCUCCGAAACUUCAGGAUGAUGAGGGACAGAAAGAUCGAGGUGUUUGGUCCCCUAGCUACUUCGAAAGGGAAGCUUACAGCGCCGAGCAUUGGUAUGAGCGCGUCAGGGAGAGUUUGCCGGAAGCGAACGCGAUGGUACUACUGUCGACCGAGGAAGUUCCACGAUACCAGUUUAAGAGAGAGCCAAUGCCAGUAUUAUUGGGGCCGCCCACAUCUCAACAAGAGGUCAAAUUCGAGCCUGGUGACGCAUACUCUAUAUCUCAAAAUGGCCUCCCAAUGCAAAACGACGACGCGCCCUUUGGGUGGAUUUUUGAUGCCGGCGGUAUCGUCACUGGUAUGGACUGGGCACCUCUGAACAACGCCAACUCGCCGCAACUUCUAGCCCUCUGCGUUAUUCCACAUUCCGAUCAGGAACUCUACGAUUACGAACAGGAAUCUUUGAAUCCAGAGUUCCAAAAGUACGGUACUGUGCAACUAUGGGAGUUCGUCGGAGAGAGGCAAGAGAAUGGCUUUGCUCGGCCUUCGAUGCAACCUCCAAUACUGCGCAAGACCAUAUGUCUCGAAUUUGGGCGGGCUCGAAGAGUGAAAUGGAGUCCUGCCUGCGGCUUCUUGGCCAUUCUUUGCGAUGAUGGGAACGUGUACGUGGUGGAGGCUGGUGACGGCGGAGGAGGAAAAAAGGUUGUGCAGCCAAUAGCUGUAUUUGGCUUCCCAGAUGAAGACGCCAAAGCGACAGCUCUUACAUGGAUCAACUUCAACCGGCUGGUAGUAGGAUACACUGACGGGUCUAUUGCUAUUUGGUCCCUCCGUCCCCAUCGCCUCCUAUCCCGACAUCCUGUCCACCACAACAUCGUGGUAGAUCUCGUCUCUGGCUAUCCAGCAAUGCCCUAUCUCGUUGCCUCAACCCCGGUCGGCGGAACUGUCAAGCUGCUUGACCUUCGUGCGCCAAGUUACGAAUCAACCGAAGUCCAGAACCUUACCGUCGGAACACAGCCAAAUCUGCUUGGAUACAGCGACCACCUGCUUGGCUUCUACUCCAUGUAUCCAUCUGCCGGUGUGCUGAAUACCCACAUCGGCUUCAUGCACCAUUCGCAAUUCCCUGUUGCGCGUCGCGUCUUUACGGGGGAAAGCUUCCCUUCCUGUCUGGCAGUCGGUCGAACCCAUCCAUAUCUCCUCGUCGGUUCUCUAGACGGCUCGCUGUGGGCUAUCAAUCCCCAGGUUGAGCUCUUCACCACAAGGCGUGAACCCACGGACCGUAUCAGAGUCUUCCAUCACGAACAUCGUCCCGCAAAGCUUUUCCCAGCUGAGUCACCGGCGGCGGCACGAGGAGUGUCAAGAAUAGCGACAGGCUUCAUAUUGGAGCGCAGCCUAACUAAGCAUUCAGCCCAUAAACCACCGGUCAAGAAAGGGAAGAAGCCAAAGAAGAAGGAUACCGACACAGCUGUCGGGGACGACGAAGAAGAAGGGGGCGCAAUCAUGGAUCCGACCCGAGCCAUCAUCUACGAGCCACUUACGAGGAUCACGGUCUGGUGA